CUGGUCAUUCACGACACAACACGAUCGUUGCCCAAAAGUCAAAGAAGAAUAGCAAAGACAAGAUCUCGCCUUCGGUGAUACAGCAGACAGUUUGUAAGUGUAACAGAACUGAUSAAUCGAUUGUGGUUGCAAUGGCAAUUAUAGUAACUCAUAGCUCAAAACUUACUUCGCAAUAUUGUGUUGUAAUCCGUUAUCCAUUUUCCGUAUUUAUGUCCUUCUUGGAAACAACCCAAAUAUCAGCAAACAUGACAGCAUCAGUAGAAUGGGGAUAUAUGCCCAAAACUGAGCUCAAGCUUCCKCUGACAAUAUUACCACACGAGGCCUACUCUUCCAUUUUAUUCAUCAAUGCAGGAGAGGAAAGAAUCAGCCGACAGUUCGUCUCUCCUUUAUCAGUAACCGGUGUAAUCAACAUGAAUACUUGCGUUGAAGGUGAUUAUUUAAAGGGGGAUAUAAACGACUAUAUCGAUAACGGUGUUCAAGAAGAAUGCACAGUGGUAGUUGCUGGGGACGCUCAUUGGACUACUAGGCUAAUUGCAGUGGAACCAGCUGAUGCUUUUCGAAUUGAUAUGUGCACCCUUGAGUCCACCGUGCGUAGAGGGGAACCUAUGGUAGUAAAAUUGCGAAUUUUCAAUCUCAGUCUAGAACCGAGAAAUUUAAUGCUCUUCAUGGCGAAGAAAGAUCCCGACGGAGUCAAGGAAGUAUCUGUAAAUUCAGCAAUAGUAACCGAAUCUGAUGGAUACCGUUUCGGCGUCUGGGGCAUAUCCGGAGAUGACGACGGCACAGUGCGAUUGAAUCGAGACCACGACUUGUUAGCAGUUGACACCGCAUUAAUCCUUGGGGAUUUACAAGGCCAGCAUGCCGUGGAUGCUGAAUUGCGAUUUGUUCCAUUGCAUCUCGGGCGGUUGAAGAUCCCGAAUUGGAGGUUGUACGACAAGAUAGCAAAUAGGUGGUACACCUGCAAGCAUGAUCUCACUGUUGUGGCUAUAUGAUGAAACAAAGAUGAAGUAAGUCU